CUCGUGACUCCCUUUCUGGCACGUAAUGUACCUCCGCUGCUGAUGGGAAUUCAGGAAGGAAGCGACUAUUCCCAGGAAGGAAGCGACUCGCUGAUGUCCAACGGCAGCGGCUGUCACUUGGUGUUUUGUCGACUCCCACAUGCGCCCAUGAGGAUCCCAGGCUGAACCGAACCGCUUCGAUCACGAACACCUCGAUCAUUCCAGAAGGCAUCCACGACCGCCCCCAUCAAUCUUCGCCAUUUCCAUUGCGCCAGCCACCUGGCAAAUCCAGCAUGGCGGAGAUCAUCUCUAAAGAUCACGCCGCCUCUGGGCCAGAGCCUGAUGGGCUUGCAUCGCUGUCCAAAAAGGACGCCCAAGAGACCGCAGCCCUUCACAACAAGCUCCAAGCGGAUGCGGCCAAUGGGGCGAACAUUGUGGAACUGGAUGAGCACGCUACGCCAGAACAGAAGGCUGCCGAGGCUAAACGUCGAAUGAACGAGAUCAAACCUCCGAAAGAAAAGGAGGGCGGCGGAAUGGGUAUGGCGUCGGACAUUGGCGGGAAGCGAGUGCCCGCGACCAUGACUGCCGCAGACAUUGACAGGGUCUCGAAGCUGGAGGGUCAGCUUGGUGAUGGAUCAGGCAAGGCGGGUGCGCCUACUGUGCAACUACCAAAGGACGCCAUUGCCGGUCAUACGGGGAUGGCCUCCCACAUGCUCGAAGGCCAACCGCAUCUCAAGCCCAACGAGGAGGAGACGCGAGCUCAUCCUGAGACGCAGCUUAUCAGCAAAUACCUUUCUGAUCAGUGGUAUGGGCGAUUCUACUGGGAUGCUGCAAUCAUGAUAUUUGCUGUCCUUACAACAUACUUCGCUACUCGUUUUGGAGGAGGCAUCAUGGCAAUGUUCGUCAUCGGAGGUGUAUGCUCGACGUACUACAAUGCAUCUAUGCGCAGGACGCGUCAAAGAGCAAGAGACGACAUUGCCCGAGAGCUUGCCAAGAAACACAUGAUGACCGAAAAUGAGACCGCAGGGUGGAUCAACGAAUUCAUGAGACGCUUUUGGCUCAUUUAUGAGCCUGUGCUCAGCGCGACGGUCAUCCAGACCGUCGAUGCUAUUCUUGUGCAGCAAUGUCCGAGCUUUCUCGACUCAAUCAGGCUGACGACAUUCACGCUUGGCACCAAAGCACCCCUCAUCGACUUUGUCAGAACAUUUCCUGCGACAGAGGAUGACGUUGUUUGCAUGGACUGGAAGAUCUCCUUCACUCCGAAUGACACACAGGACCUCACCGUGCGACAAGUAGCCCGCAAAAUCAACCCUAAAGUGUGCCUGACCAUCCGUCUGGGCAAAGGCGUUGUCGGAGCUGGUAUCCCCAUUUUGGUUGAAGACAUUUCCUUCACUGCUCAUGCGCGAAUCAAGAUGAAGCUGAUUUCAACCUUCCCGCACGUGCAAACGGUGGACCUCUCCUUGAUGUCACCUCCCACAUUUGACUUCGUGCUGAAGCCAGUCGGAGGCAACACGUUUGGCUUCGACAUUAUGAGCGUCGUUCCCGGUCUGGAAGGCUUCAUCAAGGGCCAAGUCGAUGCCAAUGUUGGUCCCAUGAUGUACAAUCCCAACCAAUUCACGAUCAAUCUCGAAGAGCUGCUUUCGGGCACUCCGCUCGACACUGCGUGUGGAGUGCUCCAGGUUACCAUCUGGAACGCCCGCAACCUCAAAGCGGUCAAGCUGGGAGGCGGCACACCGGACCCGUACAUUGCCGUGUCCAUCGACGCGAAGGAUACUCUUGCAAAGACAAAGUACAAGCACUCUACUUCUAACCCACAGUACAAGUCCAGCCAUUUCGUCCUUCUCAACAGCCUCAACGGAAUGCUCACCUUUUCGGUCAUGGACUUCAACGAGCAUCGAUCCGACUCACACAUUGGCCAAGCUGCGUUCGACCUCGCAGAGCUUGAGGCCGAACCUGAGCACGAGAAUUUGAGCACGCCGGUUGUGCACGAAGCCAGGGAACGUGGCUCGUUGCAGUACUCACUGUCCUACUAUCCUGUCAUCAAACCUGAAGUCGGUCCAGAUGGGAAACCUGAGCCCCUGCCUGAGACCGUAUCUGGCGUCGUCCGACUCACAAUUCAUCAAGUGAAGGGCCUUGACAAACCAGCUGGUAUCAUUCGUGACGCCAACCCGAAGGCGCGUCUUUUGCUGAACGGCAAAAAGAUUAAAGAGACGCGUGUGAUUAAGAAGACUUUGGAUCCCAUUUUCGAAGAACACUUCGAAUUCUUGGUUACUGAGCGACGCAAAGCCGUUAUUGGUAUCCAAGUCGUCGAUCACGCCUCGCCUGCAGGGUACCUGAGCGUCAAGUUGGACGAUCUGCUCGCCGCUAAAGAGCGUCAGCAGGACUGGUUCCCAUUGACCCGCUCUAAGGAAGGCCGCGUGCGGAUGUCUGCUCAGUGGAAGCCUGUCCUCAUGAGCGGCAGUAUGAAUGGAGGAUCGGGCUAUGUGCCAUCCAUUGGAGUUCUUAAGUUCCACAUGCACAGAGCAAAGGAGGUCAAGAAUGUCGAAGCUGCAAUGGGAGGAAAGUCGGACCCAUACGUCACACUCAAGCUGCGUGGUCAGCAAGUGGAUGGUUCGGUGAUCGUCAACAACAACUUGAGUCCAGAAUGGGACGAGAUCCUGUACGCUCCGGUCCACUCGCUCAAGGAAAAGGUCACGAUCGAAGUCAUGGACUACCAAAACAGUAGCAAAGACCGUUCACUCGGAACCACGGAAGUCAAUGUCGCUGAGCUGGCCAACGAAGGCAGAGGCACCCGCGAAGUGCCCUUCACCGGCACCGGUAAGAGCAGACGAAAAGAUAAGAUCCACCUCGGUCGCGGCGCCUACAAGGGUGAAAUCGAGUACGACGUCGAGUUCCUUGGCGCUACUGCACUUCAUGGCGUUGAAUUUGAGGGCGCUGGCAACGAAGCUGCUAAGAAGGCAGGUGACGGCGAGGACGAGGAUGGUGACGAUCCCGAUGCCAAGGAGGGCGCCGAAGCUGAAGAGGAUGCUGCUCUUGGAGAGGACGCCAAAGCCAUGACCAAAGCAACUGUCUCUUCGGGCCUGAAGGAGGACGAUGCGGCUGCCACGCAAACGUCGUUGGCGCACCAAGCCUCCCAGAAAACCCACAAGAAGAAGGAGUCGGUGGCCACACUUGCUUCAGUCAAGACCGCCGCUACCGCCCAAACAGACGUUUCCAAAAAAGCUGUGGAGGGGGUCGAAAUGUCGCGCGAGCAGCUUCUGAAUUCUCAAUCGGGCAUCCUUGUGUUCAAUCUUCUUGGUGGCCAGCUGGCGAGAAAGAAUGCUCGACUUGAGGUCUCCUUUGACGAUGGGUACUGGCCAGUGUAUACCACUGAAGCUUCUAGGACGGAAAAGUGCACGUGGGACGAGGUUGGCGAAGCGGUCAUCAAAGAGCUCGACUGGAGCCGCAUGUGGCUCAAGCUUCGCACUGGCUCGAACGACAAUGACAUCUUCGCUGAGUUUCAAGGGAACACCAAAGAUGUACUUGAAAGGACGCUGGACAAGGUUGGCGAACUCACCUUGGCUUCGGACGCUGGGGGAGGAACCUCCACUGUGUCGCUCACGUGCAAGUACAUUCCUUGCGAUGUACACCUCGAGCCCGUAGAGAGCGUCAACAACACCGGCUUUAUGCGUGUUGACGUGGUCAGCGCCAAGAACCUGCGGGCCGCAGACCGCGGCGGCAAGUCUGACCCCUACGUCAAAUUCAAUUUGAACGGCAAAGAGACUUUCAAGUCAAAGAUCGUCAAGAAGACAGUCAAUCCUGAAUUCAAUGAGUCACUUGGGGAGUGUGAGGUGCCAUCUCGCGUCAAGGCGGAAGCCCUCUUCGAAAUAUUCGAUUGGGACCAGGUUGGCAUUGAUGACAAGCUUGGCGAAGCUCGUUUAGAUCUCUCCGAUCUUGAGCCCUUCCAGGCUACCGAAAAGGUGUUGCCGGUGACAGGGAAGGGUGCUGGAGAGGGCGGUUUCCUCACCGUUCGGCUGGUCUUCCGUCCAGAGUUCAUCGCGACGCGCGGCCGCAAGGGUACCUCGCUCAAUCUUGGCAGGACCUUCACUGCUGUCGGUGGAGUUGCUGGAGGCGUUGGACGUCUUGGAUACGCCGGAGUCAGUGGCGUGGGCAAGCUUGGCGUGGCGGGUGUUGGCGGUGUGGGCAAGGGUGUGGGCACCAUUGGUAAAGGCGCCUUUGGCCUUGUCACUGGACGAGGGCGACGAACUCCCAGUCAAUCAAAUGGCGUCAUUGCCGAAGACGGCGAAGAGAUCCCUGCGGUGCCAGCUCUGCCGGAUGGUGUCACUCCUGCGCCCAUCGCUGGCGUGCCGUACGACCACCCAAAUGCUCAAGGAGCCAUAAUGAAUGCUGAGACGCAAAGCAUCGCAGCUAGUACCAACACGGGCACGCCUAAACGUCGAUCUAGAUUCUUCCACCGAAGCAGAGACUAGAUGGUCGUUACAUCGCCAAACGAAGCGCUCGGCCCUUUUGCGCCUUCCGCUCCUUUCAUCCCUACACCCUUUGACACGUCUCGUUGCCUUUGCGUCCUUCCACACGCACCAUCACACUCUCUUUUCUGGAGCGCAAUGCCCGCUUUCAUUCCGAUACUCGCACGUUUAAGGUGGAGCUACCCCACAUCCGCGAAAUUCGAUGUGCUAGCACGUGUGCCUUUGAUGCGCGGGAUCACGACUGAAGUCGCUGGGACCGCAGCACUAGA